AUGCCCGUAACCCGGUAUUCCUUCCUCAUGACUUUGUUGUGGGUUGGCGAGCGACUCACUGGGGCCUUUAUUAUCACGCGUGGGAUACCCAAAUGGGCGGCACAUUCAGGGCGUUCAGGAUUGUCACGUCGAGAUUAUCAUCGUUGGAGACCCAAGGAUGUGACGACGACGAGAGUGUGUACAGGGAGUUAUAAUAGGUUCCACAGCCAACUGGACUCUACUAGUAGUAGAAGAUCAUUCCGUCUCUUCAGCAGCCAAAAUGAAGACCACGUGCAAACGACAACAACAAGAAUAAGGAAACCAUCCAUCAGACUGGGGUCAGAAGAAUGGGCCAAGGAUCUCAAUGAAGCACAACUGGAGGCCGUCACAAAGCCCGUAUAUUCCAUAAACAGGGUGGUGGCAGGCCCUGGGAGUGGCAAGACUCGCGUCUUGACGAGUCGAAUAGCCUAUCUUUUAAAGGAGGAUCCCAAGGCGCGCAUCUUGGCCGUCACAUUCACAAAGAAAGCCGCCAUGGAAAUGCAACAACGAUUGGAGACUUUGCUGAGUGCUGCUUCGCAUGCAGAUCAUCAUUCAACAGAGGAACCAAAUUCCGUUGUUGUUACCAGGUUUAGUAGUGGAGAAAAUAAUAAUAAUGAGGACAAGGAUGACAAUAUUCGGGAAGAAGAGUAUUCGGAAGGACAUUCGGCGUAUGUCCGUGAUUUGGGUCGAACAUCGCUCGGCACAUUUCACAAGGUGUGUGCCAAUAUUUUAAGGUACAAUGGAAACCUGCUCCAGUCACUCCCUUCCAUCCAGGAGAUUGGAGGAGGAGGUAACGUCACAACUUUGGACGGCAACUUUGCCAUUAUGGAUCAGAGUGACCAGCUCAAAAUCAUGAAGGAAUGUUUGGCGGAUCUCAAGAUUGAUCCCCUAAAGGCCAAGGAUGUCAAGCCCCUGCUGAUUCUCAACGCACUCGCGGAUAUUAAAAAGUGGGCUGUUACGGGAGGAGGAGGAGAGGACGAGCGUAACAACAAAAAGCCAGUUCCGGUGCAUCGAAAGAUUGCUCAGAAAAUCUACAGUCACUAUCGCGGGAAAAUGCUAUCGAACAAUCUACUGGACUUUGAUGAUUUAAUCUACCUGACACGGGAGUUGCUCAUGACAAACCAGGGGGUCCGACAAGCCAUUCAUCGGAGGUGGACACAUGUUUUAGUUGACGAGUAUCAGGAUACGUCGAGAGCGCAAAUUGAUUUGGUUCGACUGUGGACUUCGACAAGUCUAUUCGUAGUGGGCGAUGGGGACCAAUCCAUCUACGCCUGGAGAGGUGCCGAAGCCAACUCGUUGUCGUCCUUUGAUGAUGAGUUUACAAACUUUCUCGGUGAAGUCGGGACUGUGCACCUGACGGAGAACUACCGGUCAACUUCAGAGAUAGUUCACGCUUCCCAAAAGGUAAUAGCAUCUGGCGACAGUUCAAGACUUCGACGCAAAGCGACACCCAAACGAGGGCGAGGUUCCCCUCCUCGCAUUGUUGCAUGUAACAAUGGCAAAGCGGAAGCAAGUUUUGCUGUCAAAACCAUCAAGAGUAGGCUAGCAUCAGGCCAGUACACUCAAGACACUACAGUUGCCAUCCUCUAUCGAGCGAAUUCUCAAUCUAGAGAACUCGAGGAAGCUUGUGUGAAGAAUAACUUGCCAUAUGUUAUUCUAGGUAAAGCCAAUUCGUUUUAUAAACGAAGAGAAGUCAAGGACUCUUUGUGUUUCCUUCGAUGGCUGUACAACGGACGCGACAAAGUCUCCAUGUUGAGAUCGUUUCAAACUCCGAGUCGAGGGCUAGGCGACAAGGCAGUAGAAAAGUUUCAUGAAUACUAUGCCUUGGUGGAAGAAGCAUACACAGAGCGUUCCGAAGCGCCACCAACCCCGCUGGAAAUAUUGAUCUCAUUCUGCACGCCUGAAGAGGAGGGUUUGCCAAGCAGGAAAGACACAAUCCCAACACGCCCGCUUAACAUCUUCACUGAGUUUGCCCAUCAGAUGCGUGCGUUCGUUGAUUUGGCAUACUCGGCACCUUUGGAAAGUGUCCUUGCCGCGGUGAUUUCAGACUUUGGGUUGGAAGCCCACUUCGACAAAAUGUCAGAUACCAAGGAAGAAUUCAGAGAACGUAUGGGAAACGUGAACGAGCUGCUCCACGCAACAAAACGGUACAGCAAUGACGGGCCAUGUUUGAAGCAUGAAACAUCGACUACGGACGGUACCGAAUCGCCGUUGGGAUCCUUUCUGGACGACGUUGCUUUGGUUACGGAACUCUCGAACGAAGAGGCAGCUGAGAAAAAGCGAUUCGUGGUCAGCUUGAUGACAAUUCAUUGCGCAAAAGGGAUGGAGUUUGACAGUGUUUUUGUUUGUGGAAACGAAGAUGGGAACUUUCCUACACAUAGAGCACUAAAUGAAGGAGAGGGCUCAGUGGCUCUCGCGGAGGAAUGCCGGCUGUGCUAUGUUGCCAUGACGCGAGCCAAAUCGGAUCUGUUUCUUACAUGGAGACGCGAGGCGGCCAUCUUCGGACAGGGCGAGGGUGGAGGAAUGCGCAUUGUCCAACGAGAGCGCUCUCGUUUUCUCGAUACCUUAGUGAAAGAAAAGAAGGGCGCAUCGGAUGCAUCGUCUUCCCGAGAUAGUGAUAUCCCUUCGAGAAGACGGAAGGUAUUGCAAACACCGGGGAACAACAAUCGAUCCUACAGCACCGCAAGCCGCAACUAUCCUCCGUCCGGACGUUCUUCAUCAGAUUACCCCAUCCGCAGUCCCCGUCGUAAUACCAACGCUUCAACUUCCACAAGCAGGCGUUUGGGCGACCCACGUAGCAUCUCUGUGAACGGCGUGUCAAAGCCUCGACGUAACGGCAAAGCCAAGGCAACCUCCCCGGUCUCGAGGUCCGCUGCAAUGGAUUCCACUUGGUUUUUUCCAGUAGGAUCGAGUGUCCAGCAUAAGAAAUGGGGAAAGGGAAUUGUAUUGGACCCACCGGCAAGCAAUAAGCUGCUUGUACGUGUGGAGUUUGGUAAUGGCAAGAGCUUGGAUUUGCCAUCUGACGGGGGUGAACUCAUGCCCGACUUUUCGCCUUGA